AUGGCUAUAUUCCCUCACAAGUCUUCCUUGAAGCAACAGUUCUCAGACGUCACAGGAUGUCCAUUGGAUGAUCUGACCAAAUGGCUCGAGAAACACAGCUGGACCAUUGAAACCGCCAUAGAUGCUUAUUUGUCGCACAAGAGUAACUCCUCAGCGAAGGUAAGGAAGCAGGACCCGAAAGUGGUAGAGAUAUACGACCGUUACAAAGACUUGGACGAUGAGUCCAUCAUUGGCAUCGAGGGAACGUUGAAGUAUAUUGAAGAUUUGGGAUUUGAUCCCGAAGACUCCAUCACCUUGGUUCUUGCCCAGUUUCUAGAAGCUCCUUCUAUGGGUGUAUUCUACAAGGAUAAGUUUGUUCAGAUUUGGUCCAGAAACAAAAUCAACUCCAUCAGCGCCAUGAAGCGGUACAUUGAAGACGACUUAUACGUAGAGUUUAGGCGGAGCAAAGAGUAUUUCAAGAAAGUUUACGACUUCACCUUUGGGUUCUUGAUGGAAAAUCCAGGGCAGAAGCUCUUACCUUACGAUUUAGCCAUAGACUAUUGGAAGUUGCUAUUGCUUGGUAGAGACGACCUUAAGCAAACCUGUGGGGUCAGAUUGGAGCAAUGGUUUAAAUUUAUAGAGACGGAAUACCAAAGGGGGUUCUCAAGGGAUACCUGGCAGAUGUUUUUGCCGUUUGUGGAAGAAAUCAUACUCGAUGACCCCGAGAAGUUGUCCAAGUACGAUGAGAUGGCUGCUUGGCCAAGUGUUGUGGAUGAGUACAUAGAGUAUCUAAGAGAGAACGAAUUACUAGAUUGA